AUGCUUCUAACCGUCUACGCCUAGGUAGCACUUCAAAAGCAAUUGUGUUCAUAUCUAUAUAUGUAUGUAUGUAUGUAGUAUGGCAUUAUGGCAUGGCGUAUCGAAGCUUAUCUGGUACCGCAAAAUAACCUAUCUUACUGUAAACAAAGUUUUUAUAUUUUCGGACGACAUCAGAAGUUGAUGGAUUUGUAAUUUUAAAGUAUGAUUAGUAGUGUAAAAGAUGAGUUCAAACGGUUUGAAAGUGUUAAAGAAAAACAAUCCAUACCCUCAAGGGAUGCGAUGUCAGAAAUGUUUGGAAAUGGGACAUUGGAGUUAUGAAUGUAAGGGGAAAAGAAAAUAUGUACAUAGAUCUUCACGUACAUCACAAUUAAAGAAAACAUUAAAACAACAAGAAGAAUCUAAUAUUCAUGAUCCAAAAAAAAAAGAAAUCAAGAAAAAUCGUCAACAGAAGAAGAUGAGAAAAGAAUCUAGCAGUUCCAGUGAAACAAAUUCUAGUGCUGAAAGCAGCAGUUCUAGCAGCAGUAGUAGUACCUCAUCGUCAGACAGUGAAUCUGAUUCUACUGAUAGUGUUUCCAGUAGUAGCAGCGGUAGCAGUAGUUUUAGUAAUAGUAGUAGUAGUAGUAACUGUUCUAAAAGUAAGUAGCACUUAAGAUAUGUUUGAACGAGAUCAUGUUUUGAUUAAAAAAUAUUUUGCAUACUUGUGAGGUAAUUUAUCAGUUCUUACACUACAAAUAUAUGUAUGACAAGCUACAUUGUACAAAAUUUAAAUGACUAAAGUACUUAUACGUAAAUUACAUUUCAAAAAAAUAAUAAUUUGUACAAGGUGUUCUA